AUGGAUAAAAAAAUUGCUAUUAUAUGUGGAGUUGCUUUUGCAUAUGGAAUUAUUUUCGGAUUUUUUAUAAUACCACAGGUUAUAAAUUUAUUGAUACGAUUUCAAACACGUUUGAAACCUGGCAAUGAGGCUCGCGAUAUUUAUAAUGCAAUACCAUUUCCACUACAUUUUCAUAUUUAUGUAUUUAAUAUUACAAAUCCAGAAGAGUUUUCAAAUGGUGGUAAACCUAAACUUCAGGAAAUUGGACCAUAUUAUUUUGAUGAAUGGAAAGAUAAAAUUAAUCAAGAAGAUGAUGAAGUGGAAGACACUAUUACAUUUGAUAUGAGGAAUACAUGGAUAUUCAGGCCGGAUUUGUCAAAUGGAUUGACGGGGGAAGAAAUGAUUACAAUGGCACAUCCUUUAGUAGAAAUGAUUGCUCUUUAUGUGAAAAAAACAAGGCCUCCAAUGAUAGCUUUAGUGGCUGAAGGUUUGAAAGAAUUAUUUUACGACAACUUCAAUGCAACUUAUACUGGAAAAUUUAUGGAUUUAUUUUUUCGUGGUAUUCCAAUUGACUGUGCUACUGAUAGUUUUAAUGCAAAAGCAAUUUGUAGUGCUUUACAUGGUGGUGUUGCUAAAAAUAUUGUGCCAUAUGAUAAAACUACAUUUCUAUUUUCAUUCUUAUCAUUUUUAAAUCAUUCAAGUGCUGGCCGGUUUACUGUUUGUCGCGGUAUAAAAAAUAUUCAUAAAUUGGGAAAAGUUAUUAAAUUUAAUGAUGAAACAGAAUUUGAUGCAUGGGAUGGAGAGCAUUGUAAUAGAUUUCACGGUACUGAUACAACAGUAUUUCCACCAUUUAUGACACCAGAACAAGGUGUGUGGGGUGUAACACCAGAUUUGUGUCGUUCUCUUGGUGCUGUUUAUAAAGGAAAAUCUAAAUAUGCGGGUUUACCAGCAUCAAGAUAUACAUUAGAUUUGGGAGAUGUAAAGAAUGAACCAGAAAAUCAUUGCUUUUGUGAGGAACCACCUGAUAUAUGCCCACUUAAAGGUACAAUGAAUUUGGCACCAUGCCUCGAAAAUGCUCCAUUAAUAGCAUCCAUGCCACACUUUUUAAAUGGAGAUGACCAUCUUUUCGAGAAUGUAGAAGGACUUUCUCCAAAGGAUGAAAAACAUUUAAAUAUUGUUGAUUUGGAAAGGGUAUCUGGAAUGCCAUUUAAAGCAGUAAAACGAAUUCAGUUUAAUUUAGAUCAAGAACCAGUUAAAGAAGUAGAACCAUUAGCAAAUGUAAGAAAAAUGGUGAUGCCGUUAUUUUGGGUUGAGGAAGGAGUUGCAGUUAAUAAAACUUAUGUGAAUAUGGUUCGUCCAAUUUUUAUUGGUAAAACUUUUAACCAAGUUACUAGGUGGUUAUCAAUUAUAAUUGGAUCAUUGGGAUGCGCUGGUGCUUUAUAUAUGCAUACUCAAAUAAAUUCAGGAUCUGUCAAAAUAACGAAUACUACAGUAACACAAAAUGAUAAGAAUAAUGUUAGCAAAAACACAGUAUCACCGGCAUUAACUGAAAAAACUGAUAAUCAUGUCAGCAGCAAUAGUGAAAAAAAUAAUACAAAAAAUGAAAAUAAUCAUCUUAAUGCAAAUUUGAGUUUCGAUACUGAAGAUGGCAAUCAACGAUAUUAA